GUCGCAGGAAGGAACCAAGCCUCGUCCUGGGAGGGGGGACGCACACCUAGCUCCACAAGGGCUCCACCAAGCUCCUCAAAGGCUCCACAAAGCUCCUCAAAGGCUCCACAAAGCUCCACCAAGCUCCUCAAAGGCUCCACAAAGCUCCACCAAGAUCUACAAAAGCUCCACGAAUACAAAGCUCACUGGAAUACACACGAAUGAAUUAAUCGCAGGCAAUGAUGACUAAGACUUCAGUGCACUGGUUUAGGCAUGGGUUGAGGCUCCAUGACAACCCAGCCUUAUUAGAAUCUGUGAAAGAUGCUGAAAAAUUUUAUGCCAUAUUCAUCCAUGAUGGAGAAACGGCAGGGACGGAGGUUUCAGGUUAUAAUCGCAUGCAGUUUUUGACGGAAGCACUGUAUGAUUUGGAUGCGCAGCUACGAGCGGUUGGUGGUCAGCUGCAUAUAUUCAAAGGAAAACCAGCAGAUGUGAUUAAGAUGCUUCACACUGAAAUCAGAAUAACUCGUCUGACCUUUGAACAGGACUGUGAGGCGAUAUGGAAUAAACGCGACAAUCAGGUGCGGAAUCAGUGCAAAGAGCUCGGCAUAGAGAUCGUGGAGAAAAUCUCUCACACCCUUUGGGAUCCUUUUGAAAUUAUUGAGACUAAUGGAGGUCAGCCUCCGUUGACCUAUGAAAUGUUUGUGCAAGUGUCAGCAGUCUUAGGUCCUCCCAAUAGGCCAGUACCUGAUGUCAACUGGAAUGAAGUCAUUUUUGGAGAAAUUUCAGAUGAACUUGCUAUGAAGUUACAGCUAUGUCCUCACAUCCCAACACCAGGGGAACUUGGUUGGAAUAAAGAAUGUGACGAGCAAUCCGCUUAUGUCGGUGGAGAGACGGCUGCUUUAGCGCACCUACAGAAGAGGCUGAAGGUUGAGGAGAAUGCUUUUAGGGACUGCUACAUCCUCCCAAACCAGGUAAAUCCAGAUAUUCUUGGUGAACCCAUGAGUAUGUCGGCAGCUUUAAGAUUUGGAUGUCUCUCCGUCAGAAAAUUUUACUGGAAUAUUCAAGACAUAUAUUUUGAGCUACACAAGGAGAUAAAACCACCUUUCCAUUCCCUUACGGCUCAGCUCAUUUGGCGGGAAUUCUUCUACUGCAUGUCCGCCAACAACGAAUCUUAUAACAAGAUGAAGGGAAAUCCCAUUUGCAUCGACAUCCCGUGGAGAAAGGAUGACGAUCACUUGCAGGCGUGGACGGAGGGACGCACAGGUUAUCCUUUCAUUGAUGCCUGCAUGAGGCAGCUUCGCAAGGUCUGAUCUUAUUUUGCUGAAAUGAUAGCAAAAGCUUUUUUUUUUUUUGUAGUUUAAUUAAUGACUUUAUUAUUUUUCUUAUUUUAUCUUUCUCAAUUGGUUAUGAUACUGCUGCUGAUAAUA